GCGAUUUAUUUAUAAUAGGAUGCAUAAUGUGUAUAUCGAGAAACGCGAGAGGGAUUGCGUGAUAUAGGUGCACCUAGUUUGGGGAGAUUAAUUGUAAGGUAUAGGAGAGGGAUUAUGGAGUCGUGUUUGCGGAGUUUGGAGGGGAAGGGAGAUACUGCGCAUGAGAGUCGAUAUUUUAAUGGCUUGGAGAUUGAUUUGGGGAUUGGGAGUGGAAAGCGGGGAAGGGGUAUGAGAGGUGGUUGUUGAGGGAACGGAAGCGUUUGCAGGGUAAAGGGUCGUAUUCGGAGUAUAAUGUUUGGGUGGAUAUGGAGUUGGGGAGGGUGAGGAGGGAUAUGGGUUUUGAGGUGGUGAAGGAGAGCACUAAGGUGGAGGGUGCCAAGGAGGGACCCAUUAAGCAGGAAGCGGUUGAGAACGAAAGUACUAAGCUGCAGUCUACCGAAAACGACAUUAUGAAGCAAGAGGACACCAGAGAGCAAGGUUUCAUCAAAAAGGAAGUCGUCGAAUCGAUUUUCAUCAAAAAAGAGAUCAUGGAGGAUGAAAUUUUCAACUCCGAAACUUAAGCGGAGAAGCUGGGCUCCCAAAUUCUGGUACGUAGCCAUCUUGAGGUCUUGUUGGCACCAAGUCCAUACCAGAUUUAUCUUCAAAAUUCUUCAUUUGUGGAGAAACUGAAUCUCGUUUUCGUCAUGGCCUUAGACUUUCCGGCGGUCGGUGAAGUCGUAGUUGCAACUUGCAAGGUGAACUCAUCUGAUGAUUGCAUGGGCGAGUAAAAAUAAUAGUAUGUUUCAAGGAGGGCGACAUGAAGAGGAUAUUGGGGGAUGAAUAGGCCAGGUCAUAUAAAUGAUGAUGAUAAGAUAAUACUGUUGAG